GUAAGCAUCAGAGAACUGUGCUCCCCCAUGCAGGCCCUCCCAUAGUGUCCCUGUAGGUGUGAGGCACAGUACAGCCGUACCGGAGAGAAGCACACACUACCGGCGCUACAAAUCCCCCAUGCAGGACCUCCCAUAAGGUCCCUGUGGGUGUACUGUAGGUGUGAGGCACAGUAGAGCCGUGCAGAGUGGAACACACUGUAACGAACGGCGCUACCGGCGCACAGCCGCCCGGAAUAACCCGGCCUCGCCCCGGACCUGACGCCGUUAUUACGGACCUGACGCCGUUAUUACCUACAGGAUGCGGCCGGGAACGCCGCCGUUUGCGGGAUCUGCACGUCUGGAUGCGAGCGUUGCGCGCGCGGCUGUUCCCGCAGUGCCAGUAUUAUUACCCGGAGCUUAACGACCGGCCGGGGUUUGGUACCGGUGGUGCAGCACGAUGUGGCUGCGCAAAGCGCGCGACUACCUCAUGGGGUCCGAUACUGAGGAUGAGGCGACAACUCCACCUGCCCAGCCGGCAAGGCGCGAGGUCACCACCCCGCAGAGCGGCGGGAAGGCGUCCCCCGGGCUUCCCCCCACGCCGCUGGGUGCCCCCUACCCCCCAACCCCCCUAGCCGCACCGUACCCCCCCACACCGCUAGCGGAGCCCCCGGAAGCCGACCUGAGCCACCUGACACAAGAGGAGCGGGACCAGAUAGAAGCGGUGUUGGCUCGCGCUAAGGAGCUACAACAGAAGGAGGAACAAAGAGUCAGAGAACUGGAGCAGGACUAUACCACACUAGCGGAGACGGUGGUACAACAAGCGGCGACCAAAGCGCCGACGCCCGAAGCGGCGCGGAAGUUGUGUCCGAUCUGCCACACUACGGAGCUCCCGGCUAACGGCGAGGGGAGAGUCAUUAAUGGUGCCGCGGGGAGGGCUGCUAACGGCGAGGGGAGAGUCACUAAUGGUGCCGAGGGGAGGGUCUGCUACGACUGCGAGCGCGUCGUCUGCAUGGCCUGCGGUUCUCUGUCUCCGUCUUCCGUCAAAAAGGAGGGGGAAUGGUUGUGUCAGAUGUGCCAGAAGCGCCGCCAUCUUGCGCUGAGCUCGGGAGCCUGGUACCAGAGCCACAAGCCGACCUCGCCCAGCCGCGGUGCUGGAGGCAGCUUCACCCGCAGCAGCAGCAUAGAGGCGGACCCCAGCGCCACGCAACACAAGCCGCAGGCUGACGACGAGAAGACGCCGAAGCUGGAGCGGAACUGGUCGCUGACGGAAGACAUUUUCCCUUAG